AUCGGUAUUGUUCCCAAAUGAUCAAGCUGUACGCACUUCUUGCCGGCAUCGUCGCCGUCGUCGCCGCCGCGGACGUCGAAGUGGAUUAUCGUGUGCCCGUGAAGAUCAUCUUCCGUGCAUUCUGCCCUGCGUGUCAAUGGUUUAUCAGUGAUCCCGUUCUCGCAUUACUCCAAGAUGACAAAUUCCGCGCCGUGACGAAAAUCCAGUACCAAUCUUAGAUGCACCCCUUUCGCAUCGAAUGAACAUGCGUUGCUUCAUCUAGAUAUGUUCCCGCGGCCGCCAUGACCGAGUCGGCCGACGGCGGCGUGGAAUGCGUUGGCGGGAAGGCCGAGUGCGACGCCCAUUUGUGGAUGGCGUGCAUUCUCGAUCGUUUCAAGGCAUCCCCCAAAAACACAAGCACCCACAUGGCUGUACACAACAGACACCCAAAUAGAGCUGACGUUACCUUCUACUAGUGCUUUGAAAGCGACGACUCGGGGUAUACGUGGAGCGACAAGAUCGCGUUCUGCUUCAAGGAUGCCGCCGAUGCCACUGCGUUACAUGAAUGCAAGACUGGCCACGGGAUCAAUCUUCUCCGCGAGUUGAUGGUCGUAGCCAAAGCUUUCGAAGGCGCGUGGCAACCUUAUACGAUCAUCGAGGACACUUUACUGGGCAGUUCCACCUCUGCAGUCACCCUGGACAUGCUCCAAGACGAGAUUUGCCGCCGCUACAAAGGACCUGCUGAGCUGCUCCCAGCGUACUGCCAGACGGUGGCUGGUGUCGUGAUGCGUACACCACCUCCGUUGUUGGUACCCCAGCAACUGCAGCCAGUGGCUGAAAAGGUCAAGGUUCAAGUCAUUUGGCGAGCGUACUGCCCCGCAUGCAAAUGGUUCCUUUCCGGCCCGCUGUACGAAGUGCUCAGUGACCCAGCGUUUCAAGCGAUCGUCGACUUUGAACUGUAUCCCUCGGGGACGACCACGGAAGUCUCUCCUGGGGCGUUCAAAUGCAUUGGAGGCCAAUCUGAAUGCGUGGGCCAUCUGUACAUGAGCUGUGCGUUGCGUUUGUUUCCACAGAUUCACGACGUGGCGGCCAAUCUCAAGUGUAUGGAGGACAGUCAUCACAAGUGGGAGCGACGCAUGUCCACGUGCUUUUCGGGGUCGGCUCUGGACCAAAUCAAGGCAUGCUUUGCCUCGAACGAUUCAAAGCAAUACUUGCGCGAGUACAUCGCCUUCACGUCCACGAUAGACCUGCCGUGGGUGCCUUUUACCAAAGUGAACGACAAGGUGCUGGGCACGCCCACGUCAGGAGUGGGAUACGAUUUGCUCACCAAAUCCAUUUGUGACGCGUACCGCAGCGAGGAGAAUCGCCCCAGUGUAUGUGCUCCAUUGGUGAAGGAUCCUCUGGUUGUCGCUGCUGCAACCGAGCCCUUGGUGGUUGAAGCGGUUGGGAGUGCGACCACGACGACGCUGGCCGUACCCACGGGCACCCCUGUCGCGAAAACGACCCAACAAGCAGGAAAGGCCAAGGAAAAGAAGCCCGUCAUGCCCUGCCGUCAAAAGGAGAAGGGAUUUGUGUACGAAGACCCACCAGGGAUCGGCUUGCGCGCGACCCCAGGCGCGGUAGGACUCGCCGCUGCUCCAGUCAAGUUGUCCAGCUCGACCCCAUCGUCUCUUCUCACGAAUCCGCUGUUGCUGCCCAUGCUGCUCAUCGGCGGCCUCUUGUUUGCCGCGCUUCGGUAUUCGAAACCUGAGGAGAAGAAAAUGUAGUGGUACCCAUAAUCGUUUCGAAAACGCGACCUUCACUCGUUGUAUUAAAUGGAAAAUUGGCUACUACUCUGGUCC